AACAGCUUCGCAACAAUAUCUCACUUCACAACCGUCUCCCCGACCAGAAAACCCCGGCCUCGAAUAGCUUCAACCAUUAUAUGUUCGUUGUACGGUGAAUGAAAACGUAUGGCUGGGUCGAGCAGCCGCAAUGCGUCUCCGUUCAGAGAUCCCGAGGACGAUGAUUCCGCCAUAAUCUCUACACGGGGGCUGGAGGCAUUCGGGAGAAAGGUUACCACCACGGCGGGACACCUGAUGGGGCCUAUAACGGAUCCUUCUUCGAGCGCCCACUACCAAAAUGCGAUGAGCGACCUACAUAGACAAUUAAGGCGGCCAAACAUACAACGAAGCGUCUUCUCUCUUGCGAGGACGAGCCCUACAGAUCUGGUGCGCUCGAAACUGUCUACCUCGGAGAUCCAAUACCGUGCCCUCUCAUACCUACCCGACGAGCUUUUGAACAACAUCCCAGACGACGAUAAUGCCUACUCAUUAUUCCAAGGCUUCCAAGCCACCUUGCCGGAGAAUAGUCCGGAUGGCAAGCGGCAUCGAAGACGCACGUCGAGGGGGAGGAAGUUGAUAGAGGAUGGGAAAUCGGAAUCAGAUACACCUCCUACGCUGGCGAAACUCCAGAAGGACCAGGCUACCUUAAAUCACCAAUUAGAGAUGAUGAGCAUCCGCAAGAAUAUGGCGAGCAGCGAGAUUCGUGAAAUUGACAACAAGAUUGCCAACCUUAAUGGCAUGAGGAAGAUAGUGCUGGAACGGUUAGCCGGGCUGGAACAAGAAGAGGCAUUAUUAGAGCAUGACAUACUGGACGUAGAGAAUAGACUGGAAGAAGCGCAGGAGCAGCUCGCUGAGGCUGAGGCGCUAGCCCAAACGAAAACGGCUGAGGAGUCCGGGGAAGCAGAGGAUUCUGCGAUGGAUGCUUCGUUCAUGUCUGAAUCGAUAUAUGAGAAGUUGCCUUCAGCAAAUACCACCCCUACACGGACGAAGCGGCAUAAGACGAUUCGUAGGAAAUCUAUGCCUAUUUUACAUGAGCAUUUCGAGCCCGGGUCUAACAUCCGAGAGCUCCAAGCUCACACUGAUAUGAUCACGGCACUGGAUUUCGAUGUUCCAUUUGGCACAAUGGUUACAUCGGCUCUAGAUGACACUGUCAGGGUGUGGGACAUGAGUGCAGGACGGUGUAUAGGCUUUCUUGAAGGUCACACUGCAUCUGUACGGACCCUACAAGUAGAGGACAAUAUUGUAGCCACGGGAUCCAUGGAUGCUACCGUUCGAUUAUGGGAUCUCAGCAAAGCCCGCUACGAACCCCAAAGUAACCGAAUCAACAAGGAGACCGACGAAGAUGAGGACCCAUUAGCGUUCGGGAGUCCAGAUGACGAGCAGGUUCUCCCAUCUCCUGGGAGCAUGGUGGAUUGUCCUCUCUUCACAUUAGAAGCACAUGUGGACGAGAUCACAGCGUUGCAUUUCACGGGCGACACUCUUAUCUCAGGAUCAGCAGACAAGACACUCCGGCAAUGGGAUCUCGUGAAGGGCCGAUGUGUUCAGACUCUGGAUGUCAUGUGGGCAGCAGCCCAAGCCUCAGCCACAAUAGGCUCAAAUGAAGGCGCAUGGCGGCAAACCAAUCGAUUACCAGACGCUUCAGCGGAUUUCGUCGGCGCAGUGCAGGUCUUCGACGCCGCCCUGGCCUGUGGUACAGCUGAUGGGAUGGUUCGCUUAUGGGAUCUGAGGAGCGGGCAGGUUCAUCGGAGUCUCGUAGGACACACGGGACCCGUGACAUGUCUACAGUUUGACGAUGUGCAUCUAGUUACUGGGAGUUUGGACCGAAGUAUCCGAAUCUGGGAUCUCAGAACAGGAGCCAUCCACGACGCCUACGCCUACGACUCCCCGAUCACAAGCAUGAUGUUCGACAGCCGGCGCAUCGUGGCCGCCGCCGGCGAAGACGUGGCUAAAGUGUACGAUAAGACAGAUGGGAGGCAUUGGGAUUGCGGGGCGGGCGUCGAGGAGAACAGCAAAGCGGCCAUUGUCGAGCGCGUUCGUAUCAAGGAUGGCUACUUGACCGAGGGCCGCAGAGAUGGUGUCGUGGGUAUCUGGACAUGUUAA